UGCUAUCUAUUUCCUGCUGGGAACUUGGCUGGGCCAAGGGCAGGAUUGCAGGGAGCCCCUGCGGUUUCCCUCUUGGACCCUGCAGCUGGCCACUCUGCACGUCAGCUUUGGUGGCUCCCACGUGGAGGGCCAUGCCUACCUUCUGCCAGGCCACCUGGAGCAUCUCAAGGCCAUUGAGGCCGAACGGAAAGAGCCAGCUCCAAAGCUCCUGCCACUUCCAGAGCCAGAGCCAGUGCCAGCCCCCGGGCUGGAGCCAGCUGCACCUCCAGUCUCACCACGUGUGGUAGAGCUGGAGCCAGCAGCCCCUGAGUCGGCCACUCCAGGACCAAAGCAAGGGCCACCAUUAGAGGCAGCCCCAGAGCCCAGCUGCCCCCGGGCCGUGACCACCGAGGACCAGCUGCGGGAGGAGAAGCUGAACAUCUUGGACUUCCCUCCCCAGCUGGUGGCAGAGCAGCUGACGAGGAUGGCUGCGGUGAGCAGAGGAGCUCACGGGGCGGGUGGCCCCUGCCUUCCCGGUGCCAUGAGCCGCCCCACACCUGCCAUUCCCUGCUCGGGAUUCCGAUGAUCUGGGUCCAAAUCCCUGCUCCCUCCCUUAUCAACACUGUGACCUGGGCAGCUUUCUUUCUCCCCAAGCCUUCGCUGUCCCCUAGAGAACAGGGGACAGUAGAGAUGGACACUCAGAGCACCUGUUGUACAGGGUGGCUGUGCCGGUGAAUGAG